AUGGCCAGUCUGAAUGUGUCCCUUUCUUUCUUUUUUGCCACCUGUGCCCUCUGUGAGGUGGCCAGGAGGGUCUCGAAAGCCCUGCUCCCAGCAGGGACCUACGUCAGUUUUUCCCGGGAGGCCGUGGGUGCGGCCCAGCUGGCAGCCUGCUGCCUAGAGAUGCGAGUGUUGGUGGAACUUGGCCCCUGGGCUGGGGGCUUCGGGCCCGACCUGUUGCUGACCCUGGUCUUCCUGCUCUUCGUGGUGCACGGGGUCACCUUUGAUGGGGCCUCUGCCAACCCCACUGUGGCCUUCCAGGAGUUCCUCAUGGCGGAGGCCUCGCUGCCCAGCACUCUGCUGAAAGUGGCGGCCCAGGUGCUGGGCGCGCAGGCCGCCGCUGCCCUGACGCAGCGCUGCUGGGCCUGGGAACUCAGUGACCUGCACUUGCUGCAGAGCCUCAUGGCUGUGCACUGCAGCUCGACCCUGCGCACAUCCGUGUUGCAGGGCACCCUGGUGGAGGGCGCCUGCACCUUCUUCUUUCAUCUGAGCCUCCUCCGUCUGCAGCACAGCCUUCUUGUCUACAGGGUGCCUGCCCUGGCUCUGCUGGUCACUGUCAUGGCCUACACAGCUGGACCCUACACAUCUGCCUUCUUCAAUCCUGCCCUGGCUGCCUCUGUCACAUUCCACUGCUCUGGGAACACCUUGCUGGAGUAUGCCCAUGUGUAUUGCCUGGGUCCUGUGGCAGGGAUGACCCUGGCUGUCUUACUCCAUCAGGGCCACCUUCCCCGCCUUUUCCAGAGAAAUCUGUUCUACCGGCAGAAAAACAAAUACCGAACUCCCAGAGGGAAGCUGUCCCCAGGUUCUGUGGACACCCAGAUGCUCACAAAGGAGUAG